AUUCUGAGGAGGUUUCGAUGGAGAUCGAUACAAGCAUCAUCGGUGCAACAACUGCCUUUUUCGAGGGACGUCCUUCCGUGGUCAGCAAUCGCUCCCGAUUAUCUCAGACAGAGGCGGACUACGAGGGUAUACCUUCCCCUAGUGUUUCUCGAGUAGGGCGUCCAAGAAGCAGUCAGGCUCCUCUCGAUCCUCGUACUCCACGAAGAAGACCUCGAGACUCUGAUAACGAGGAUGAGUUAACACGUCCACCGGAUAGUGCCUCCGUCACUCGUAUAACACCACAUACUCCUGGAUCACCCAGUAAAUCCCGGAAUGUGGUCGAUGGUCCAGGCGAGGUCGAAGAUGUUCCAGAGACAUCGCCUACCGUGGCCGGUCCCAGACGGAAGGGGAAAGGACGGCCAAGUGGUGAAUCGGCUGGCGAAGCGGAGCCUGCAUAUGAUGACGAUCAAAUACCUCAAUACGAUGGUAUGGAUCUCGCGGCCGAGGAGCCGCCACCUGUGGAAACGAACGGACAUGCAGAAGCAGAAGAGACAGACGAGCAUAAAGACGUUCAGGAAGAGGAAGAGGAGGAAGGACAGGAAGAGGAAGAGGCGCAGGAAGAGGAGGAGGAGCAAGACGAAGAAGAGGACGAGGACGAGGAUGAUGAAUCACCACCUCCGAAACGUGGCAGGGGCCGACCAAGGAAGGGGGAAGUGGUGAAGAGAAAGCCGGAGAAAGCAGCGACAACGUCGAAAGGCAAGCGUGGCAGACCCAGGAAAGAAGAUUCACAACGAGCUCCCUCACGCAGGCCUAGGUCACAGACUGUGGAGUCUAGCCCUGAACGAGGAAUCAGCGAAGUGAUUGAUGUACACGGCGGCGAUGGCGAGGGCCACUUCUUCGACUCAGAAGGUCGGCGACGGAAUGCUCGCGUUCGAUACGCUCCUCUUGAGUACUGGCGCAACGAGAAGGUUGUAUAUGGUCGACGGCAGUCUGGCGUGGCCGUAGUGCCUGUCAUCAAACAGAUCAUCAAAGUCGCACCUGAUCCUGUUAGGCCUGUUGGAACGGCACAUAGGACUCAUCCAUGGAAGAAACGGAAAGCAUCCACGGAUAAUGAAGAGGAUGAAGAAGAGAAUGAGGACGAGGAUGAGGACAAUGAACGAGAACACAAGAGAGCAAGGUCAGAACAACGGGGGUAUGUUGAAGAGGAUCCGCCGGAGAAAGGCUGGGACAGCAAGACGGAUCCACUCGGCGUCGUCAUGGAAUACGUUACGAAGACUGAAGUCGAACGACGGGUGGCGUUCACGCAGAGCAUGGUACAACCUCGAGAAGCAGCGAAUGCCAGGUUCAAAUUCCAGAAGAUCUUCGGCGACGGAGAGUUUCUUGCUGCUGGAAUGCUGUCCAUACCUGUUGGUGAAACGAAACCAGCAAAAUCGUCGAAGGACAACAGCUACGUAUUUUACGUCAUCCAAGGUGCCGUCAAGGUGCAGAUCUAUCGAACAUCCUUUCUUGUAUCCAUUGGUGGUAUGUUCCUCGUCCCACGUGGCAACGUUUAUGAGAUCGAGAACGUCGCCGAACGAGAGACUGUUCUUUUCUUCGCACAAGCACGCAAAAUACCAGAAGAUGGCAACGUGAGCAUGCAGGACUCGCAAGGUACUCCGAUAAAGCGACGUGCCAGUAUGACUCCUGGGCCUGAUGCCAGCCGAGUGUCGAUGACACCGCGUCGAUCAGAGCCACCGCGUAGCAUUGAGCGCUCUGGAUCGCGGUCCGGAUCAAGAGCUGCUUCGUCCCGACCUAACGGAUACCGGCGACGACAUUGACUAGAGCCUGCGUUCUUUUCUUGGCCUGUAUGGACUAUUUGUGUCAGUGUUACCUUGUUGUAUACGCUACUCUUGUAAAAUAGUAAUUCAAAC